UUUAGAAAUUUCUUUUAAUUUUAAAGUUUGAGUGAAAGAGUCGAUUUGUGCAAUAAUUUAAUUAAAUAAAGGCUAAAGCUUCACAAGUAUAGCAAAAAGAAGUAGCAGAGAACAAGCCAUUUCAGUUAAAUAAUCAUUCCCCUGUUGAUAACACAGAAAAAGCUUAUUUACAUUCAAUUUUUUGCUUUCUAAUUUUUUGUUCAUCUAAAACUUAAUUAAAGUUCAUCCUCAAGUACUCCUUAAUUUAAUUAAAGUCUCGAGUGUCGCUUAUUUUGUUGAAUAUAUCUUGUUACCGAUUAAACAUGCAAAAUUCAGUUACUGUUAUUGCUCCCGUAAAUAUUGCUGUUAUUAAGUACUGGGGAAAGCGAAAUGAGUCAUUAAUAUUGCCAAUCAAUGAUUCUUUAUCUGUAACUCUUUCGACUGCUGACUUGUGCAGUAAAACGACUAUAAGUGCUGAUCCGUCAUAUGAGAGCAAUCAGAUCAUUUUGAAUGGAAAGGAAGAGAACUUUGAGAAUGAACGAAUUUUGCGAUGUUUUGAGAUGAUUAAGCAGCGUGCAUUAGAGGCAGAAUCUUGUCCUAAGGAGUUAUUAGAUUGUAAGAUACAUGUUGAUUCAGAGAAUAAUUUCCCAACUGCUGCUGGAUUAGCCAGUUCAGCUUCUGGAUAUGCAUGCCUUGUUUACGGCAUGGCACAACUUUAUAGCUUGAAAAAGCAAGAAAUAUCUGAUAUUGCAAGAAUGGGAUCAGGUUCAGCUUGUCGCAGCAUUUAUGGAGGAUUUGUGCAAUGGCAAAAAGGUGUAGAAUUAGAUGGAAAUGACUCUAUGGCUGUUCAAAUAGCACCUGCUUCUCAUUGGCCAGAUCUUAAUGUAUUGAUUCUUGUUGUUAAUGAUAGUAAGAAGAAAGUCGGUUCAACCUCAGGAAUGGCACGAAGUGUCGUCACAUCAGAAUUGAUUAAAUAUCGUGUCGAAAAGUGCGUACCACAACGAAUUCAUUCAAUUACUCAGGCUAUUAAGGAUCGAGAUUUUCCUAAGUUUGCAGAGCUUACUAUGAGAGAUUCGAAUCAGUUCCAUGCAAUUUGCUUAGAUACUUUCCCACCUUGCGUUUAUAUGAAUGAUGUCUCACAUGCUAUUGUUAGCUAUAUCCAUGAAUUCAACAAGAAUGAAGGUGAAACAAAAGUUGCUUAUACAUUCGAUGCUGGUCCAAAUGCAUGCCUUUAUCUACCUGAAAAGUACGUGAAACGUGUGCUUUCAUUCAUAAAUCAUGUAUUUCCAAAUGAUAAUCAGGAAUCUGUUGAGUAUAUACGUGGAACUCCAGUUGAAUUGGAGAAUGAGGAAAAUGAUUUUAGUCAGUAUAUACCAUACGCUAAAAAUUCAUUGAAAUACAUAAUCCAUACAAAAGUCGGUGACGGUCCAUCAAUUGUUGAAUGACAUCAUGAAGGUCGAGAGCAUAUUAUAUUGUUUAAAUCAUCAAGCAAUUCACGAUCAAAUCGAAUCUCGUCAAUUCUAUAAAAAUAAAUAUAUCUAGGUGCAUUUGGCUUAUGUCUGUUAUUGGUUUUAAACUAUCCGUACAUACAUUAUAAAAUUUAAUUAUAAAUGCAAAAGUAUUAAUUUCAAAUCAGAUCUUAUGGUUGGAGGGCAUUAAUGUUUUAUAAUUUUACUUAAUGUAAUAAAUUUAUUUAAUUUCACGAGGAACAACGAGA